UGGAAUUAUUGUGGAAUGGUAUCAACUCCAUAUGAAAACAAGUUGUACAAAGCUUUGUUAUAUAGCUUUUGUAUAUUGGGUGUGCUUACACUCUGUUCAUUGGCUUUCUGGAGCCACUGAAGCACACCCUCUUCUUUUCCCCAACGUUUCUAGUAACGCCAUAGUUUCUAAAGCGACUUCAAGCAAACUCGUUUCUCUCGAUAAAAGUUGUCCGUUUUUAUUCUUGGAGCUUUUAGAUGGUUCAGUUGAAUUGCUUCAAGUGGUUCAAGGGAUUUCCUUAUGGUCUAUAAAGUCGGAAAAGAUUUUUUUACCAAACAAAGAAGAACAACCGAAUAUUUUGGACCGUUGCAUUCUAGGUCCUGAUUAUCGUCUUUAUAUUUUAAAAGAAGACGGCUUAGUGCCCUAUUUUUUAGGAAACAGCGAGUCACUAUUAACUUUAUAUCGGGUAGACACUAGUGCCUUGUUCAUUGAAUUAGAUACAGGAAAGAUUUUGAAGGAAAUAGAAUUUUAUUCUGAAGAAGAACGUUUCCCUAUUCCUUGUAUGGAAGGAAAUGAAGACUCAUGUGAUUACCUGUUCAAACAAUAUCAAGUGAAAAAUAUUGGCAUCGUCUUUCGGAAGUUUGUAGGCCUUCGUAUGUAUGACGCCAAUUCAGGGAAGAGUUACUUUGCCAACUUUAGUCGUUUUGAGCCUUCCAAUUUUGUGUUUACUUAUGAAGUUGAUGGAAAGGUUUCUAGUACCCUUGAGAAUAACAUUUGGUAUGGAAAGCUUUUGAUAGAAACCCAACAAGUGAGUUUAAAAGAUGAUGGAGAUCAUCUGCUGUGGUCAAGAAGCUUUGAGCUUCCUGUCAUAAACAUCAUUGCCCUGGGCGAUAUGUUUAAAAAGGAGAGAAAAGCAACCCACAAUGAUUGGAUUUCAUUUUCUUCUUUUAAGAUGAUUUCAGAUGUUCCUAAUACAGAUUGGCAGUCGGAAACUACAGAGGAGCCCAUUGUUGAAAUGCAUUCAUUAGUUUCUUAUCCAAAAACGAGAUAUUAUGUAGCAUUCCUAAGACAAUAUGACUACAAGUUGAUUGUUUCAAUAUUCUUUGUACUUUGCAUGAUUGUUUUGUACUAUCGAAAAGCGUUGUUGGGUCAUCGCAAUGUGGCUACUCUUUUUCUUUCGAAAAGAAACAAAAGUAGCAAGAAAUGGUUUCAAUGGAAAAUUUUGGAAAAGCAAGUUUUCAGACGAGGAACCAACAAUUCUUUAUCAGCUGAGAGUGGUGAACAUAUUCAGAAUGAUGACAAACCUGGCACAGAAGAGUAUAAAAUUGGAAAGCUGAUUCUCACUCACCGUAUUUUGGGACUUGGUUCUCAUGGAACAGUUGUUUUUGAAGGACGUCUGGAUGGAGAUGGAAGGAAAGUUGCUAUUAAACGAAUGUUGAAAACUUUUUAUGAGUUGGCUAGAAAAGAAAUUGAAAUGUUGAUUAAGUUGGAUGAACUUAGUCCUUAUGUCAUUCAUUAUUACGCGAUGGAGGAAGAUAGUUUAUUUGUGUAUCUUGCUUUGGAGUUGUGUGAUAGAACUCUUGAAGAACAAGUAAGAGUUUGGAAAGAGUCCAUACAAGUUUCUUCCAGUUGCUAUAUUCCCAUCUUGCGACAAAUCAUAUGUGGUUUAAUGGACUUGCAUCGAUGUGGAGUUGUCCAUCGAGACCUGAAACCUCCCAAUAUUUUGGUUAUGGAACCUAAGGAGUAUUCAGUAAACAACAGACUACCCAUUGAACAUUAUCGAAUCAAAAUAGCAGAUGUUGGUUUGGCAAAGAGGAUGAGUACUGAGACAACCUUGGCUUAUAUGACGAAUGGAAACAGUACGAGUAACAAAGCGGAAGGAAGUUAUGGUUGGAGAGCAGCGGAAGUUUUGAAUAAAGAAAAACAAAAUACUUCGUUGGAUAUAUUUGCAGCAGGUUGUAUUUUGUAUUUCGUAUUAACGGGAGGUAAACAUCCAUUCGGAAACUCAGUUUAUGAAAGAGAGUCCAAAAUAUGUAAAGGUGACUAUAACCUUGCAGAAUUGGAAAAUCUUCAAUUGUGGGAUGCUAAAGACUUGAUUGAGAAAAUGAUUGGACUGGAUCCAUCCUCAAGACUCUCUGCUAAGCAAAUUCUCAAGCAUCCCUUUUUUUGGAGUGAUACUAAGAAACUUUCGUUUCUUUCUGACGUUUCUGAUCGACUUUCAUUCUUUAAAAAUGGAAAUGGAUCCCGAGAGAACAAAGACUUGAUAGUCUCGUUUGAGAAGUAUUGUCGUAUUGUGUUGGCUACCACUGAAACUAAGAGAAUAUCUUGGGCAACAAAGAUUGAUAUGAUUGUGCUGAAGGCACCCAAUAGUCGUAAUUAUGAUACUACUAGUGUCUCCGAUCUAUUGCGUCUAAUAAGAAAUAAGCGCUCCCAUUAUAAUGAGUUACCAUCAUCGGUUCAACGUGUAUUGGGCCUAUUGCCUUGUUAUGAUCGUGAAGAAAACUUUAACCAUAACUUUUGGCAAUACUUUAACAGUCGUUUUCCAAAACUCUUGAUAACUGUUUACACCUUUGUUAUACAAAGAUCAGAAUUUCUGCAAGACAAACAUUUCCAAGGGUACGGAAUGAGUCAAAGAGAAUGGAUUAGAAAUGAUGAAGAGGAAGAUAAACCAGACAAGUCGACAAUACGAUAUCAAAGUGAGUCGACUAAAAUGAGAAUAACUGAUAAGAAAGAACGAAAACAAUAUUCCAUCGAGAUGUUACAACAACUGAAGCAGGGCAAUUGGCUACCUCGCAAUUAUUCAUCGUGAAAAACUUCAUCAGCAAUAUUG